CAAAUUAUUCUUAAUUCAAUUCCUUGCUGGCGAUCAGAUAACCAUGUAGAACGUACGAAGAGUUUGUGCAUCGAUGAUAUUACGUCCGUCAAUUUGUCCUUGCCAUUAGGUAAGCUGCUCGUGUGCGUUGCGUUCAUAGGACAGCACCGAAAGCGAACCCAAGCCAUUAAGUGUUUUAGCCUCCUGCUAUCCUGGCUAUUAUCUGUCGUUCAGCUGAGAUGUUCCAGCGACAACAACAGUAACGAUAAGAAUAGGCCAGUCAGUCCGUCAUCCUACGAACAGUAAAUGGUUAGAGGAAAUCAAUAAACAGAAGGACGGUUCUUUCAUUGGCUGUAUGGAUGAAACAAAAUAGCAUUGUAGCUGUGUGCAUUAUGUUAUUAAGUGCUGUCUGAGAUCUGACCAGGUAUUGACUGAGCGUAGUCAACUGAAGUGGGUUUUGUGGUGGCGCCUGAACGUGAGAUAUGGUCUAAAAAAUCAACUCGCCGAGCAAUAUUACUAGAUGUACGAUAAAAACAUUACUUGGCCUUUUCUGCUUUGAUGUUGAACGCAAGUACACAUAAAGGAUAAAUAAGUGUUUCAUGUGUGAGAUCUACGUAGAGAAGCGCCAAGGAGGUUACAAUUGAAAACAUGACGAAGUGUUAAAUUUUGCGCGUUUGUCCACUGGUCAUGCAGGAUAUAACGUGACGUUAUUCUCAUCGUCGUGGGCCUUGAAUUUCGUUGAAUCCCCGUGGUAUCGUAUACAUGCGAGGCUGCAGAAGGAUAAAUGUUGAAGAGUUGAAUGGUACAGAAUGCAUUGAGGCAGGCUAGACGGUUCAACUUUAGCUUCCAACGUGUUAUGCAUCUGGAACAGAACGAAUCUCACAUUUGUAUGUGGUUCCGCUGGCUCUCGCGGGACCUGCUGGUCUGGUUCUUAUUGGUAUCAACGGUAGUGAGCGGACGGCGCUUCGGGUGUCCUGCGCGGGUUCCAGGUGUUCAAUGCUACUGCAUCGAAAAAAGCCGCGGUCUGGACAUCUUUUGUGAACGAAGCAACAUCGAUAAGAUACGCAGUAUCCUGCUGCUGGUGGCGGAGCAGCAGGACACGAUUAUGUACCUGAAGCUCAUUAACAACUAUAUGGGCGUUCUGGCUGAAGAUAUUCUCUAUGGCUUGGAUAUAAAGCAUCUGUUAGUGCAUGAAGCCAACAUUAGCUCGAUCCAUCGCGAUGCCUUCCAGGAUCUCGGGGACCGUCUAGAGUCUUUAGAUCUUUCCAAGAAUCAUCUAACCGAGAUUCCGACAGAAGCCUUCGAAGCGCUGAAAGCCCUAGUAUCGCUCAAUCUCUCACUGAAUCGAAUCACCAUGUUGCGUAGUGAGUCAUUCCGCGGUCUUGUCUCGCUUAUCCGCUUAACGCUGUAUGGCAACAGGCUACACACUUUGGACUCGGCAGCCUUUCUGUCUUGUGGGAACAAUCUUACGCGGCUAAAUAUCGGUCGCAACAACCUCACUCGAAUUCCCGCUGAAGCGUUAGCGCUUAUAGCUGGACUGCAACACCUCGAUCUUCAUGAGAACAAUAUCACUCAGAUCGAGACAGAACAUUUGCCUGAAGAGCUCGACAAGCUAAAUUUAGCGGAGAAUCAGAUCAGUGAGGUGGGAGCGGGGGCUUUGAAAAGGUUGACAGGCCUUGUAUCGCUAGACCUCACACGCAAUAAUAUUGACUUCAUCCACCCUGACGCUUUUCGAGAGAUUAGCGGAACCAUGGAAUGGCUUAAACUAGGCUUCAAUCGCCUAGAUGAGGUUCCUAGCGAACCUUUACGUGACAUGAUUCAACUGCGUGAACUGGAUCUACGCGGCAAUAAUAUCAGCAAGCUCGAAAGUUACGCAUUUUCGCCAUUCGGAGCUAAUCUCAAGUUCCUUUAUAUGAUGCAUAAUCGCAUCGCAUCAUUGUCUCCUGAGGCUUUCGCCAAUCUGCCGCACCUUGAGUGGCUCUAUCUUAACCACAACCGACUGCGGGUGCUACAUCGUUCUGUGUUUGAAAAAAUCACAGACACACUUGUUAUUCUAGAUGUGCACGAUAAUCCAUUGGAUUGCGACUGCUCGCUAUCGUGGUUCUAUCAGUAUGCGCACUCGUCUAGCGGCAAAAUUGUCGUCUCGUUACCGUUAGAAACUAAGUGCUCAGCUCCAUCUCACCUUAAAGGCAUCUCGUUCAAGCGGCUGGACAUGGCGUGUUUAAAUAGCUCGGGGAAUCAUUAUAAUGAAGCCGAACGUAAUGUCGCAUUCGUUAUUACUUGUUUCAUUAAUCUUAUGCUCAACCAUCGAUUCUUUGCCAUCUCAUAACCGCACCACUAGCAAAUGGAUCAUGACGUCGAUCUGCCCAAAAGUACCAAACAGAAGAGGAACCUCACGAGGCCGACUCUAUUACACAGAGAGGUUACGUGUGAGCUACCUGCUGGGCCCACGAGUAAGUUGCGUCCGGGAUCUGCAUUUUCGGCGGUGUCAUCAAUUAAUGGUAGUCGUCAGCCAUCUGUACUAUUUCGUCCAACUACUACAGACAUUCAUUCUAGAUAAGAAGAAUAAAUGUGCGGUGGUGAAGAUCUUGUGGACCAGUCAGAUACAGCUGUCGCAGCAGCAGCGGCAACGGCAAAACUACUGCUGCCAUUGCUACUGCUCACCAUUCCUGCCUGCUCUUCAGGGCUUCACGUCAAUUUACCUAUUGGUAUCCACGUGCGUAGAAAUCAGUUCAGUACAGGUGAUGAAUCGUCCCAUCGCAAGGGGUAAUAUUAGCAGCUAGACGAAAAGGAGAGGGUUCGAUUGAAAGCUAAACAAGAGCGUCGAUUUACCUGAGCCAACCCAGUCGGACCUACAAGUCUGGAAAAACUUGGAGAGGUGCCCCACAUAAAGAAAACUAUAAUCAAUCUAUGCUGCGUCGAUAAUAAAAAUGACAGCAACAGCAGCAGCAGCAGUAGCAGC